CGCCCACAUUUCCUUCUUUCUCUUCACUUCUUCUAUUAACUCCCUCACACCUCCUUUCUAUCUUUGCUUCUUAUCUCUCUUUCAAAUCCUUAAUGGCAGAUAAAACCCCCUACAACCCUUGAUUCAUUUCUUAAAUCUUCAAUCUUUUUCGAUUCUUUUCUGAUCUGAUUCCCCAGUUCUUCAUAUUCAGAUCGGACCAUUUAAUCUUUGACGCAAAACAUAACUUAUCACAUACCCUUCAUUUCUCUACAUCAAAAAAUCUUCCUCAUAGCAAACCCAUCAUCUUUUUUAUGGGAUUUUGUAUGUUGCUUUAAUCAAUCAUACAAUCAAAUCGUAUUUCAGAAAUGGUAGUCUGUUCAAAGAUUCAAAUGGUGGUGGUUUCAUAUCGUUUCAUCUCCAUCUGAAAUCACGAGAAACAAGUUGGAUUAUUUUGAGUGUUUGUAAAAUGGGUAGAGGAAGGGGAAAAGCAAAGAAAAGUUCAAUCAUGGCUCGUGAGGACGGAAGUGGGGAAGAAGAAAAGUUGCCAGUUAAGCGAAGAGGAAGACCAACAAAAGCACAGAAAGAAAAUAAUGAAGAAGAAGAAGAAGCUGAAAAGAUGGAUUAUGAAAACAAAGACACAAAAGUGGAAUCUUCAUUGGAGAAUGGAAGCAAGAGAAAGAAACAAUCUCUAGAGACUGAAGAAGAAAGCAUGGAAAUGGUGAAAGAUGAAGAAAAUGGUGAUGUGUUAACAAAAUCUGUGGGGUUUAGACAUAAUGGAAGCAGGCGGAAAAACAAGCCACGCAGGGCGGCAGAAGUUGGUGUCAGUGCAUGUCAAGUUUGCAGUUGGGUGGCGCUCAAAAGCUGAUGAGGGGUUUUGGUUUUGGUUUCGGUUUCGGUUUCGGAUUAUUAUAUCAUAAAGGCUUAUUUUCUUGUCGUAUUUUAUCAAUUAACUUUUGUAAUGCUUAGAUAUAUAUAUGUCUUUUUGCUAUAGACUUUGAUUUAUAUUGAGAAUUUUUGAACAAGGUUUAUAAUAAUAUCAACCAAGUUUUGGAAAAA